AUGAAUUCAAUAUUUCCUGAGAGGAGUUAUAAACCUCCUGUAAGGCGGUUUGAAUUUCCAAUGGAUACACUGCGGCUUUACCGUAAGAGAAGUAGAGAGAUGGGAUGUGAGAAGGCCAUACAAACUUCAAGAACACCAGAUCCUUCCAAAGUGGCAUUUAUACGUAAAUGCAUUGAAUAUGGUGAUAAUGGCACAAUAAAUACACAGGAUAAUCUACAUACUGCAGGUGAUUCUAAUGACCGAACACAUCGAAUGGCCUCUUUACAAUCUGCUCUCUCUAUUCUUUGUCAUAUUGCUGCCAAGGAUGAAACUCGUUACUUCACUUCUAAUGAAUUAAUACGUCCCCCUAAAGGUUCUAAUAAGGUUAGUAGUGGUAGUAGUAGCAGUACUGUUACUGGUAAUAGUGGGAGUGUAAAUAGUAACUCUAGUGGAGUUAACAAGAAAAACUUAUCACCCGCCUUUUCUCUCACAGAUGUGUACACCACAGUGUGCGCUUUAAAACUAGAAUAUGAAGAUGUACUUCAACAACAAAAAAAUGGAAGUGGUAAACAUAAUUUUGAUCCUCAAUUAGCAGCUAAUACUCUUAAACUUACAGAAAGUAGAGUGGAUGCUUCUCUUUCUUUAUUUGAAUCAACUGUAUUACAAAUGGUGGUUAAUCUUGAUAGAGCUCCACAACUCCCAGUAACAUAUAUUGGAGGUGUCUUAAAGGCGUUACCACAAAUGUUUGAUGUUGAAAAAUGGCCUUGUACAAUUCUACAAAAAGAAGAUAAUAAAAAAUCACAAUUGAAACAUCCUUUAAGUGGUAUGGAUGAGUGUAAACAUGUUAGUAAUGCCGCUACAAGUAUUGUUCUUAAUACACUUCGAGAAAUAAAAAGUAUGGAUUGUACUCGAGUUCUUGAUACUUUAAAAAUGAAAACAACUACUUGCAAAACAAAUGUUUCAACAUUAAUGUCUUAUGAAGAAAUGAUGUUAAGAGCAACAAACGGUGUAUACCGUUCUCGUGGUCUUUAUAGUGCCUUACAUGAUAUGAAACUACUUUUCUAUGAACUCUAUUGUGCAGUACGUCCUGAGCAUAAGGUAGCCGUUAACUCUCUUCAUUUACAGUUUGAACAAUCGUUAAGACGUAAUUAUGGAAUAUUUCUACGUAAGAUUGGCCUUGUAGAUGAGGCGACAAAAGAUCUCUUGGUAGAACGAACUAUGUUUGAUGUUAACCCACUUCCUACAAAUGAUGAGAGUACAUCCUAUAGUGAGACUCAACGACGGUGUUUGAAACUACUUCCAAUACUGCGGGAGGUGGAUACUAAUCAUUACUUUGAAUAUCCUGUAUUUGAUAUGGCGAAUAUUGAUUUAAGGAGUAUAGAAUUAUGGUUGCAUUCUCCUUCAUUUGGUAUUAAAACUAACCGUGAUGCCUUCAUUGCAUUGCGUGAUGUGUUGGAGCACAUGGUUGAUAACUGUGUGUUGACACACGGGCCCACGAGUCCGUUCACUGUGGUCAUCACACGAGUGCGGCAGCGUCUUGUGGAUGCAGCGCGUACUGUGGGGAUCUUGUGA